CCGGGCGGCGGCGGCGGCGGCGCCGAGCCGGGACGCGGCGUGCCGCGCUCCGCACCCCGCGGAGCGGCGCGGCGCGGAGCGGCCCGGCCCGGCCCGGCCCGGCCCAGCCCGGGAGCCAUGCCGCUGCCGUGCCGGGGCUGGACGCUGGCGUUGCUCACGCUGCUUGUCGGUUUCCUCAUCUUCGCAGAUAUCUCCGAGAUCGAGGAGGAAAGCGGGAGUUCUGGAGGCAGAGGUACAAUCAGAUCAGCUGUGAACAGCUUACAUAGCAAAUCUAAUAGAGCUGAGGUAGUAAUAAAUGACUCUUCGUCUCCAGCUGUUGUUGACAGAAGUAAUGAAAGCAUUAAGCACAACAUUAAACCAGCCUCAUCCAAAUGGAGACACAACCAGACACUCUCUUUGAAGAUCAGGAAACAGAUCUUGAAGUUCCUGGAUGCAGAGAAGGACAUUUCGGUGCUGAAGGGGACGCUGAAGCCGGGGGACAUCAUCCACUAUGUCUUUGACAGGGACAGCACCAUGAAUGUCUCGCAGAACCUGUAUGAGCUGCUGCCCCGCACCUCGCCCCUCAAGGGCAAGCAGUUCCCCACCUGCGCCAUCGUGGGCAACUCGGGGGUCCUGCUCAGCAGCGGCUGCGGCCCUGAGAUCGACGCGCACAGCUUCGUGAUAAGGUGCAAUCUGGCCCCUGUCCAGGAGUACUCGCAGGACGUGGGCAUGAAGACGGACCUGGUGACCAUGAACCCCUCGGUCAUCCAACGGGCCUUCGAGGACCUGGUGAACGAGACUUGGAGGGAGAAGCUGCUGCAACGCCUCCACAGCCUCAAUGGCAGCAUCCUCUGGAUCCCAGCGUUCAUGGCCAAGGGGGGCAAGGAACGAGUGGAGUGGGUGAAUGAGCUCAUCCUGAAGCAUCACAUCAACGUCAGGACUGCCUACCCCUCGCUGCGCCUGCUGCAUGCUGUCCGAGGGUACUGGCUAACAAACAAGGUGCACAUCAAGCGACCCACCACAGGCCUCCUCAUGUACACCUUAGCCACUCGAUUCUGCAACCAGAUCUAUCUCUACGGCUUCUGGCCCUUUCCCCUGGACCAGAACCAGAAUCCGGUCAAGUACCACUACUACGACAGCCUGAAGUAUGGCUACACCUCGCAGGCCAGCCCGCACACCAUGCCCUUGGAGUUCAAAGCCUUAAAGACGCUGCACCAGCAGGGAGCCUUGAAGCUGACAGUGGGGGAGUGCGAUGGGGCGACGUAGGGUGGUCCCCGGCCACGUUCCUGCACAGCCACAGGAGGAAGGGGAGGGGGCGGAAAGGACGAGUGGUGCCUGGUGGGGUUGGUUAUCUUUGUUAAUGCGCAGAACAGCGACACAAAUAUAUAUACGUGGUACCUAUAUAUAUUGACCUGAGUAUUAUAACUGUUUGGUGUUCACCAAGGAAGGGGCAGGAGAGAUGCGGGAGCAUCUGGCAUGACUGGCCUGAGCAAGACCCCCUGCCGUGGGCUUGCUGGGCUCGGAAGGGCGUUCGACCUACGUCCAAAAGGUGUGAAGGUGGCCUUGGUUUUUGAGGGUAUGUUAGGUGAUGGGUAAACGUUAAGCCGUUUGUCGUGACUGGUCCGAGGUUGGUAGUUAGUUUGUUUGGCCAAGGACGCCGGCGCUGGCACUCUGCAGCGAGGCACGUUCUUGGCCCCGUGCUCGUGGCGGGGAGGGGAAGGGGCAGGGAGCGGGGUGGGCAGGGAAGGUUUGUUGGCGGCUCUCACGGCCGAGGGACUGCCUGCAGCACCGAGCAGGACCCAGCUCCUGCCCACCAGGGACUGGUGCCCGGCAGAGUCACGCACAGAUCCAUCCGAAACACGGACCACCGGGCUGAGCGCAGCCUUUGGAGAGGCAAGGGGGAAGCCUCCUGGGCUGCGGCUUGAUCUCCAGGAGGUGGUGGGACAUUGUGCUAAGCUGAUCCCAGUGACAUUUGCUCGGAGAGGAGAUGUGAGGGCCUCCAGAGAACGGGCGCUUCAGCAUUGAGCCGGGUGGACGGCGAGGAGAACGCUGAGCAUGUAUUUUCUCUUCCUUUCCUAAGGAGCAAUUUAGAAAAGAGCAAAGAUGCUGGAACGUGGCAGGAAGGAGGUUUGCUGCCACAAACCGGCACCAUUAGUAUUAAGUGUCUUACUGUGCCACAGUCGAAGACACUCAACAUCUGUCAGGGCUCGUGAAAACCAUAAGUACAUCUAGCUCUUAAUUCCCAAAUGCUACCUGCUAAGCAGCCUGCCUUCUCUCCCCCUCCAAAAAUAACCGCUGAAAUAUUGGUGAUAGGCCUGAGACCCAGCCAAGCAGAAAUACCGCAGGACUUCAAGGGACUUUGUCAAGUCUAAAUAGUUUAUUUUCACUUUGUCCACAAAGAACCAGCAUACAGUGCUGUAUUCCUGAAGUCCUUCUCGGUCCUUUCUUUCAAGCUCCAAUUAGCUCUUACUCUGAAGAGUUAAAUAGGAUGUCAGAUGGAUCUUGAUGGGAUGCUUGCCUAGUGAUGAAUGUCAAAGAAAUAAUCUUUUCCCUUUUUUUUUUUUUCCAGAGAGAACCCAAAAUAUAAAGAAGUUUUUAUAACCACAUUUGCUUUUCUCUAAGUUUUGGGUUUUUUGAGGGAAGCAUCUAGAUUGAUCUGAUUAGCCUGUUUAAUUUUCUGCUUCUGUAGUCUACUCUAUUUGUCUCCUAAUUAGCCAGAAUGCAGGUGAGUCCAGGGUUCAGUGAGUGCAGUUUGGGUUUAAUUUGUGGGACAGUAAAUAACACUAUACAUGCAAGCCUCGGACAUGCACUGCAAUGCUUUCAUGGCUGGGUUUCAUCACCUUUGUGCCUCCUCCUACUGCUGUGUUUUUUAAGUUAAAAAGUGUACGGUUUGGGACUGAAAUACUUGAGAUUGUCUCUUUAAAAGCUGAGUGCUUCAAGUGGUAAAAGGAAGAGCUCACUUUCAUGUUUUGGGACAUAGAAGCUACUGUACCCAUAGGAGCCUCCAGCCUGCUAAUUAGUGUCAGUUGAAGAUGCCUAAGAUUAAGGUAUAAGCAACAUUACAGUGGAUAAAUGUAGGCUAAUCUGCCACCAAGGGGAUGUUUCUUUCCAACUCCAGAAAAUUAUUUCUUUUAUGUAUUUUUUAAAACCUGGCUUUUUUUUUUUUUUUUUUUUUUUUACUUGAGUUUAGUUGCACGAUAAAGCUAAACCUGGCUGUGAACCUCAGCUUAAACUGUUGGGGUUUCCUGAGAUAGGAGGAGACAGAGAGUAAAACUGCAAGAUGGAAGUAGUCUGCAAUCCUGAGGAGCUUCCCAUGAUUCAGGAGUGGUUGUUAAAGCUGGCUAAUUCCCUGGUUUGUCCCCGGCACGGAGGAGGGACAGAGUAGGGAUGAAGCCGCAGGGACUGCUAAAGCCAACUGUUGUAUUGAGGGGCCUGGGCCACGGUACUGAUUGCUGUUAGCAAACCUUCUUUUUAAAUAAAAAUACAAGAAAUGAAAUAAAUGUGUGGGGGGGUUAUUUUUAU